CAAAGUCCUCCGAAGAUAGCACCAACUUCUUUUCCUCCCUUCCCCUAUACUCAAAUUUGCAACUCAAAAAGUCCUACAUAUCUUAGAGAGAGAGAGGAUGAACCCUGAAGCUCUAGUUGAUGAACAGAUGCCACUCAUUUCUCAGUAUUAUCCUGAUCCUGAUGGGAUAUACACCCAGUUUGUACCUCAACCUGGGGCGGCGAAGACGAAGGCGAGGCGGCGGCGCAGGAAGAGUAAAGGGAUUGAGGGAGUGAUGCGGAAGAGGAAGCUGAGCUCGGAGCAGGUGAAGAUGCUGGAGGAGUGUUUCGGGAGCGAGCAGAAACUGGAGUCGGACAGGAAGGAGAGGCUGGCGGCGGAGCUGGGACUCGACCCGCGCCAGGUGGCGGUGUGGUUCCAAAACAGGAGGGCCAGGUGGAAGAGCAACAAGCUGCACGAGGAGUAUUCCAAGCUCAAGUCCGACCACCACACCGCCGUCCUCCACAAAUGCCGCCUUGAGACCGAGCUUCUGAAGCUAAAGGAACAACUCCAUGAAGCGGAGAAGGAAAUACAGAGGCUCUCGGACGGCUUCUCGAGCAAUAGUCCAUGUUCGUCCUUCUCAAUGGAAGUAGGAGCACCUUUUCUUGGGGAAUUUGGAAUGGAAGGAUUAGAGAAUGUGUUUUACACUUCUGAUCAAAACUACUCUGCCCAUGGAAUGGAGUGGGAUAAUCUCUAUUACAUGUAAUUAGAUUAAAUUAUCAUAUAACUAAUUUGUAAUCUGCAUUAGAGUGGGAAUAUGAGAGACAUUCAAUAUGUAUAUAUUAACAACUAAUGUAAAUUAAUCUCUCUAGUUUUAUCCUUUCGUUUUAUGGA